AUGUACCAUGCUUUAAUUCGUACGCAUCACAUCACCUCUCGGCAAAAGAUCGCCCGUCUCAAAGACGCGACGAAAACUCACCAAUGCUGUGCCUUAAUCCGAUCAGGAGGCAUUCCUGGUGUCAUGUACGUCCAGGGCCAUGAUCGGUCCAAUGUUCAAAAAUGGGUUGACACCGUCCAUGAUUUACGGUAUAAAGACUACCAACUCGUGGCACCUGUCAAUUCCGUUGAGGAUUCGCAGAUCUCGCCUCAUAAUCCAGGAAUCAAAUUGGGCGCACUAGAAGAGGUUGCCACGGUCAAGGAAAUGGCAGCACAGAUGGAGUCAAGAGGAUUGCAAAAGUGGUGGCGUGGUGCUAUGGGGUGGGGGGUUCGCGAAUGA